GAACCCACUGUAAACCUUGGAUGAUAAUUGCUCGCGUUGCUUCAUCACCUUGUACACUUCACUCCGAGCGUAAUCCCCAGACAGCUCCUAGCUUCCCAGGACAUCCAUACCGACGAGUAACCGUGUUAAAUUUAAAUCAUAGAGAUUGUUUGUCUGCGCCAUCAGCCGAUCUUGGCCCGGGUCGUGACUGCAAUUGUGACAGUGCUCGCCUCGCGAACCCCCCCAAGCCGCCUCCUUUGGGACACAGUCGGAACUGACGCUGCGGACGCAGAUCACUUCUUGAUUAUUAGCAGUCAUGGUUUCAAAAGCCCAGACCAACGGGCACGCAAAGCCGGCACCCGUGCCGGUCCUUACACAUGUCGCGCCUAGCGUGCCUCCGCCGGCUGGCGUUCGCCUUUACUCAGACGGAAUCAAGCCCGACCAGAAGCAGAACGUGUUUGUGAUGCUGCUGGCGGGCAUCACCUUGUCCAUCUACGUGGGCUUCAUGAACUACUUUCUGAUGAUGAUGAUUGCGUCGUACUGGAGCGUCACUGCGCGGUACCUGGUGAUUGCGCUGCUGAGCACGCUGGCGCUGCCGUGCAAGCCGGUGCUGUGGCCCGCAUUCAACCGGCUGUGGAUCUUCAAGACGUGGCGCCACUACUUCCACUUCAGCUUCCUGGUUGAGGAGAGUCUGGAUGCCAAGAAGCGCUACAUCAUUGUCGAGUUCCCACACGGCGCCUUUCCAAUAGGCCCCGUGGUCGCCGGCACUCUGAUGCAGACGCUCUUUCCGGAGCUCCGAAUUUACAGUGUGGCCGCGUCGGUUGUGUUUUACAUCCCCUUCUGGCGGCACUUCAUCACGUGGAUUGGCUCAGUUCCCGCCACCUCUCAGAACUUCAAGCGGCUUCUGAAGAAGGGCAGUGUGGCGGUGGUGGUGGGCGGCAUUGCGGAGAUGUACAUGGGUCACCCGCUCCGGGAGCGAGUGAAGCUGAAGGGGCGGCGGGGGUUCGCCAAGAUCGCCCUGGAGGAGCAGGUGGACGGUAUUGUGCCCGUGUACUACUUCGGGAACAGCCAGGUUCUCAACUUCGGUCCCGCCUGGCUGGCCGGGGUAUCUCGCCGCCUUCGUACCUCGUUCGGCUACCUGACCGGCUGGAUGGGGCUGCCAGUGCCCAAGCCACUUCCCAUCUACAUGGUGAAUGGGAGGCCCAUUCCCGUGCCCAAGAUUCCCCGCGACCACCCCGAUUUCGACAAGGAGGUGGACAAGCUGUUGGAGGCAUGUAUUAAGGAGUUGGGGGAAAUGUACGACAGGCAUCGUGGAGAGUACGGCUGGGCUGACAGGCCUCUCUCCAUCGAGUGAGAGAUGAAAGAUGUUGCUCCUCCACCGGCCGUUUAUGCCGCCGACUGCCGGCGUGGAACGGAACGGAGAGGUUGGAGGUGGCAGCGGCCCGGAGGGCUUAGGGCCCCUGUGCGCCCCUGUGGCGACUUGCAGUGUACGUCACGUCACGUCAUAGAGGAGGGCGCAAGCAGGGAGUGGCAUCGGGAGGGGGUGAGAAGAUAGUCGCUGGAACUGGGCCCCGGGGCUGUUCUUUGGCUUCUGUGACCUUUCGUGUGUCGUCAGUCUGUAUGUCAGUCAGGGUGUCUGUCGCUCCGUCGGUCGUCGCCAAAUCAAGGAGAAGGCAGGAAGGAUAGGACACGGAGGAAGAGGAGGAGAUAAAUCGAAGAAUUCUAAUACGUUACAUUGAAAUGUGGUAUGAGCGCAGUGUGGGAUAUAGAGGGGGGUGGGCUCACCCCGGGGGCUUGCAGGCCCCGCGGAGGGUUGCGAGGUGGGCAUGCGGGGGGGGGGUGGAUAUAGAGGUGUAGAGUGACCUCCGCCUUCUGUUUUUUUUCGCUGC